AAAAUUUUGUGCAAAUAUAACAAUUAGCGCUUAACUAGCAAAAAAAAGUAGAAAAAGACCACAACGGUCUUAUUUCAAAUAAAACAAAAAUAAUUGAAUGGCUGAAUUUCGCCCUUUUAAAAGGUCCAACUCCACUGCCAUUCUGUCUCUUUACCGAGACGAGUUGUCCUAGGGCUGCAGUCGGUUUUCUUCUAUAUUUCCUCCCCAUCAAUGGAUUCCGGCUUCUCGGCGCCGCCGCCACCGCCGCCCGGACUGGCCAUCAUCUCUAAAACGUUCACAAAGUUUCUACGCCUACGCCGCAGCAACUACAACUCAGGGACAACCACGGAGGCCGCCAAAGACGAUGUCUUCCUUAAUAACCAAAAACUUUCUAGCGACCUCACCGGAGACCGAGAAAAGGAAAUGGAAGCACUUACAGCGAAUAUCUUCGCCGCCGUAUCUGCAGUCAAGGCCUCCUACGCUCGGCUCCAGCUCGCUCAAACGCCGUACGACCCGGAUGCCAUCCAGUCCGCUGACCGCGCCAUUGUAACCGAGCUCAAGCGUCUUUCUAUUCUGAAACAGGGCUUUUAUAACAGAGCUGAGCUCAGUGAGAGCUCAAAGAGAGCUCAACCAGAGCUCACCGCCCAGGUCGAGGAGCUGUGCAACCUGCUCAAAACCUACAAAAUCACCACCGCGAAGCUGGAAUCAGAGCUCUUGUCUAAGGACUCCGAAGUGAUAUAUCUCCAGUCGGAGCUUCGAGUAGCCGAAAAGAGGUGUCGAGCCCUGGAGGCCCGACUCCGGCCCGGCCGAACCCUUGCAGCACUGGACGAGCUCCAUCUCUCCGGCCUCAACCCCACCCACUUCCUCACUCUCCUCCGCUCUGCUGUCAAAUCCAUUCGUUCCUUCGUCAAAAUCAUGACCCACGAAAUGGAAUCCGCCGGCUGGGACCUUGACGCGGCGGCCGGUGCGAUCCAACCGGAACUCCUUCGCCGGUUGAACCCGAAAAAUAGAGUCUUUGCUUUCGAGUCUUUCGUCUCGCGUUUAAUGUUCUCUGAUUUCCAGAAAUCCGACUUCGGCCUGGGAGGACCGGUAAUUGACCGUCGGCGAUUCUUCGCCGAGUUCAGCGAACUUAAGUAUAUGAAGCCAAAAGAAUGCUUUCAUAAAACCUCCCAAUUUGGGAAGUUUUGCAGGGGAAAAUAUAUUAGAUUGGUACAUCCGAAGAUGGAAGCUUCGUUCUUUGGCGACCAGGAGCAACGAGCGAUGCUGAGUUCCGAUCGAGGGCUGCCGGAGACGGAUUUCUUCGAUGGUUUUUCUGAGAUGGCGAGGCAAGUUUGGCUACUUCAUUGUUUGUUCUUUUCCUUCGAAACAGAGGAGAAGGGAGGCAUCUUUGGGGUGAAGAAAGGGAGCCGAUUCUCAGAGGUGUAUAUGGAGAGCGUGGCAGUGGAGGAUGUUGGUGUCUAUCGCCGUCCGGCGGUUGGUUUCACGGUGGUUCCGGGGUUUAAGGUGGGGAAGACGGUGAUCCAGUGCAGGGUGUAUCUGAUAGCUUGCAACAGCUGACAGACGGAGUGAACGGUUCCGAUAGCCUGGGUUUGUGUGCCUGAUGCUUACCGUGCGGUGUGUUGGGUCUGGUCCUCCGUGGGCCCGCUUCGUCUAUUUUCUUUCGAGGAAAACGAAUGAGAGGUAAAAAAACUCAUUCCCAAAACUCCUCCGAAUUUUAGGGUUCAUGUAUAGCUUAACGCGUUCAAUGAAUUUGUAAUGGGUACUGAAGAAAUGCUAGAAUUUAAUCGUUAAAUGAUGCUCUUUAAUUAGUCAUCGGGUUUAUA